AUGGCCAGCAAGGAGCUUGGUCUCCCCGACCCUGAUGUGGUCCAGGAGAAGGGCGAGGUAUCCCAUGAAGAAGCAGUAUACAGAGCUUCACUUUCGGAAGAGGAGAAGAUCGUCGAGCGCCAACUGCUUCGUCGCAUCGAUUCUUUGAUUAUGCCCCUGGUGGUAUUGGUUUAUCUUUUGAAUUAUAUCGAUCGUAAUAAUUACGCUGCCGCUAAGCUUCAAGGUCUUACCGAAGAGCUUCAUUUGACUGAUACACAAUACCAAACCUGCUUGUCAAUCCUUUUCGUCGCCUAUAUUCUGAUGCAAAUCCCGAGUAACUUACUUCUCAAUUAUAUGGGUCGGCCUUCGAUUUAUUUGGGGUUCUUCACUACAGCAUGGGGUCUUGUAUCCGCCUUGACAAGCCAAGUCAGUGGUUACGGAGGCAUGGCUGCGUGUCGCUUUAUUCUAGGACUGGUUGAGGCUCCUUUCUUUGCUGGUGUGCUCUUUUAUCUCUCCAAGUGGUACACAAAGAAAGAACUCGCAUUCCGAAUGAGUCUCUUCUACUCCGGAUCCCUGAUUAGCGGUGCUUUCGGAAACCUCAUCGCCGCUGGAAUUCUUAGCGGCUUGAAGGGAAAACGCGGAUUAUCCGCAUGGCAAUGGCUAUAUAUCAUUGAGGGAUCAAUUACGAUGCUCGUGGGAAUCGUGAUCUGCUUCCUUCUUCCCGAUUUUCCGGAAACAUGGAAACUACUAUCUCCAGAAAUGCGCCGUGUCGCUGAGCGACGUCUUGCAGUGGAAGCCGCCGAAGCCGACGUGGAUGAGGAGGGUGGCAUGAGUCAGAUCAAAGGAUUCAAGCUGGCAAUGACAGAUAUCAAGACCUACGUACUUGCUCUUGGCUAUAUGUGUAUCACUGGAGCUGCUGGAUUCCAAAACUUCUUCCCAACACUCGCUGAGACCCUCGGUUAUAACAACACAAUUUCGCUGCUACUCGUAGCACCUCCAUAUGUCUUCAUGGUCUUCUACAGUCUCGCACAUUCAUGGCUCUCGGACAGGUUUGAGAAGCGAUUCUGGUUCUUCGUUUACCCGAUCCCUAUCACAAUCGUGGGCUUUGUGGUAUUCAUGACAGUGGGCGAAUUUGGUCCACGAUACUUCUCGAUGUUCUUAAUGAUCUUCGUUUUCGCCCAGAAUGGCUCGCUUUAUUCCUGGAUUGCGAAUGCCAUUCCACGUCCCCCAGCCAAGCGUGCAGCAGCCUAUGCUUUUAUCAACGCGCUGGGUAACUCGGCCAGUAUCUGGACACCAUAUACCUACCUUGCAAAUGAGAAGCCAUAUUACAGAACUGCGCUGUCGGUAUGUGUCGGUCUUCAAGUGCUCGGCGGGCUUUGCGGAAUGUUCAUGUAUUUCAAUCUUCGCAUGCUCAACAAGCGACAAGAGCGAUUGGAGAAUGAGGACUACCAGCUGAGCGAGAAAGAACUUCGCCGACUGCAAGUGACUGCAGAUCUUGAAGACAUUGAUAUUGCUGCUGCGCGGCAAUUGCAGAAGGGGUUCCGAUACACGCUGUAG